AUGGACUUUUCCAUGGGACGUCAAUUGAGCACAAAUCUUCCAGUCGAGAAUUCGUCUGUAAGGCUCCUAGUUCCUCGCCCCACCCGAACUGAUCGGAAGGCAAUCAUAUAUCGAAAUGCAGCACGUCGUGAUGCCAAGAAAUUGGAAAAUAAAGAACAGAAAGAUCCUCUCCUUGGCCAUUCAAAACAUCUGGAACCAAAACUCACUUCGGUUGUUCAGAAUGUCAUGACUUUGCACCAGACUGACAAGCACCAUGCGGAUUACGAACCGUUAGAUAUGUACUACACAGCUGAUCUUGAACACCCCUUGUCACAGCAUCUGGAAGAGCCACAUGACUCGGUUGUUCAUCAUUAUUCUCGCUCGCCUAAACUGCUUCGUGCGAAGCUCAGCGCUGAAGUGCACGAAAACGACUGGGCCGCAGACGAUUUGACAGAUACUAGGAUCAGUUCAGGCGGAAAUUUCAGUCACCUGUCCGCCUACCCUCGCGGUAGUAAACCUCCAUUGGCUAAUUAUGACAACCUUUAG